AUGGCGAGAACAUACGAAUGCCCGUACUCACUGGAGAUUCCGGUACAAGAUGUCGCCAGCUUCAUCUUCACGGCCGGGACGCCCGAGAGUCGCCGUCAGCCACAGUAUUUCGACGCAGAGAAGCCUGAGCGGAAUUAUAGCUUGCAGCAAGCGGAAAUUUGGGUGAGGAGGAUAGCCAAGGGGUUGCAGGACCUGGGGCUGCAGGCGGACGACAAGGUGUUUCUGUGCAGUGCCAACUCGUUGUACUUCCCGGUGCUUCUCUGGGCCGUGAUGGCUUCCGGCUGUGUCUUUAAAAUUGCAUAUCAGCUCAACGACUGCGACGCAGAGCUUGUGCUCGCGAACGCUGCAUCCAUGGCCAAAGUCCAAGAAGCCGUGCGUAAAGUCGGAAGACCGGGCCUCCGAGUCUAUGAGUUCACCGAACCUGACAUCCCCGAGUCCGCAGGGUCAGGAGUGACGCCGUGGACAGACUUUUGGGCUUCAGAGUCCCGAAUAUCCGGAUGGGAUUGGCCAAAAUUGGACACCAAGGAAAAGGCGAUGGCGAAAACGGCGGUGGUCAACUAUUCCAGCGGAACGACAGGUCUCCCCAAGGGGGUUGAGCUCUCCCACUACAAUCUGAUCAGCAACUCGGCCCAGAAUCUCUUCAAGCGUCAGCUCGUCGCAGAUACUCCUGCAGGGCUUGCUCGCAAGAGCCGCCUAGACUCGGCUGGCGAAAGGUGGCUGGCUCCAUUCCCAAUGUUUCACGCCUACGGCCAAAACUACUACUGCCUGAACGCAGCUCGCUGUGGAGCCAAGGUCUUUGUCAUGGGCAAAUACGACUUGGAGCGGUGGCUGACGUACCUGGACAUCUACCGGAUCAACUUCCUGACCGGCACCCCGACCGUGUUUGCUUCCCUCACAAAGUACCCGCACCCGGAAAAGUUCAACCUCAAGGCCGUCGAGUCUGUCAUCAGUGGAUCAGCCCCUUUGAAUGCUGAAAUUGGUCAGCUGGUGGCCAAGCGCUACCUUCGGCCUGGCAUUGUCGUCAAGCAGGGAUGGGGCAUGACAGAAAGUACCUGCACCGCAACGGGAUUUGCUCAGGAUGACGAGGAUGACGGUGCGUCGAUUGGCUGGCUCAGUCCGAAUAUGAGUGCCAAAAUCGUCCCGAUCCCUGGUCGAGACUUUGGACCGUCAGAAGUGACAAAGCGUUAUCCCGUCGGGGAGAUUUGGUUGACAGGUCCCAAUAUCAUGAAAGGUUACUAUAAGAAGCCACGAGAGACGGCGGCCACUAUAGUCAACGAGGAUGGAAAACGGUGGCUACGGACAGGCGACAUCGGAUACGUCAAUGACCAGGGCCGAUUCUAUAUCAUUGAUCGCCUAAAGGAGUUGAUCAAGGUCAAAGGAUUCCAGGUCGCCCCUGCUGAGAUUGAACAGACGUUACUACUACACCCGAGCGUCGCUGAUGCUGCUGUUGUCGGCUUCAAGAUGAACAAUGGAGAAUAUCCCAAAGGCUAUGUGGUCAAGAAAGAACAGGCACCCGACGUCACAGCCGAAGAGCUCCAAGCUUUCAUCAAAGCGCGCCUCUCAAAGGUCAAGUGGUUGACAGCAGGAGUCGAGUUCAUCAACGCCAUUCCCCGCAACAACACGGGGAAAAUAGAAAGGCGCAAGCUGAACAGCGGUGGUGGAUCAAGCAUGGCUCCGAAACUAUAG